CGUUAUAAACUUAACUUAAAAAUUUCAGUUUUUAUUUUGAGACUAAAAUGACUUUUUCUGACUUCAAGUCAUUAAAGUUUCUAAAGAAUCAUUAUCAACAUAUUAGCAGAAUUCCCAGCAUACAUUGUUGUACUCAUUAUUCGAUCUAUAGACAGCUUAAAAUCAUUCCCAGUAUGGUAACAAUACUUCCAGCUUAAUCAAAUGAGCAUUACUGGCAUUGUUUGUGAGUAGGAAAUAUACAGCUAAUGAGAUGACGCACUCUUGCUUCCCCAUUUGUUUUUGUUAUAGCCAUUGAUGAAAAGAUAAAGCUAAAGCUAAGUAGGAGUAAACAGCAUCACCAGCCAAGCAAAAUUUAAUCAGUGAAGAAAACUGACUGCGGUGGAAAGUUGUCACCACUUUUUACUUUGCUUUGACUUUUAUGCUGGCUGGUGUGGUCCGCAGAAUUCUUGCACCAUUCAUGCAACUUUCAGUCACUUUCUGCCCAUGAAGGAUAUAGCACCAGAUUGAUGGAGAAGAAUGGCCCGAAUCUCGUUGGACUGUCCCAGCUCUUUACCAGGGAUCCCCCUCAGUGUGCUGUCAGUGCCCAUGGAGAAUAAAUACAAAUGUCAGCAGUGUCUCCAGGUCCUGAGGAGGCCUGUCCAGGCUCAGUGCGGCCACCGCUUCUGUGUACACUGCUUCAAGCAACUCACCAGCUCUGGCCCAAAGCCUUGUGAAGCCUGCCGCCAAGAGGAAAUAUAUGAGGAGCCUAUUUCCAUUCUGAAUAGUAAUGAGGCAUUUCCAGACAAUGCAGCAGGUCGAGAAAUUGCAAGUCUGCCAGCCAGGUGUUUGAACCAGGGCUGCGAUUGGACAGGCUCAAUAAAAGAGUAUGAGGCUCAGCAUGAAGGUCGCUGUGAGUUUGAGCGGAUACAGUGCGACGCCUGCCAAACCUUGAUCCUUCGUACAGAGAAGGAUCGACAUAAUGAGAGAGAAUGUGAGGCAAGAACGCUCAACUGCAAAUACUGCAAAAUGACUUUCAACUUUAAAGACAUCAAGGCCCACGAUGAAAUCUGCCUGAAGUUUCCCUUACAUUGCAAGGAGUGUGGCAAGAAGAAGAUCCCAAGAGAAAAGUUCAAUGAUCACAGCAGAACCUGUCCCAGGUCAAAGAGCGCCUGUCCAUUCAGUGAAGUGGGCUGCAAAUCUGUGAUAGAGAACGGGAAGCUCAGUGACCAUGAGCACAGCAGCACCAUGGAGCACUUGCGUCUGCUGCUGCCCAUGGUGAUGUCAGUGGCUCGGGCACGUACAGAGGCUCCUGGUCCCGGGGAGUGGCAGGAGGACUCUGGUCUGAGCCUGUACAGGGCUCCUGAGGAGGGAGACGUUAUGGGCGCCGGAGCUGCAGCCUCCGCACAGUCUGUGGAUCUGGAAAAAAAGGUGAACGCUUUAGAAAACAUCGUGUGUGUCCUGAAUCGGGAAGUGGAGCGCAGUUCAGUAACAUUGGAGGCUUUCUCACAUCAACAUCGUUUAGACCAAGAAAAGAUUGAAAAUCUGUCCAACAAAGUACGACAGCUAGAGAGAACGCUGACUAUGAGAGACUUGCAGCUGUCUGAGACCGAACAGCUGCUCCAAGAACUCCAGUUCUGCACUUACGAUGGAAUAUUUGUCUGGAAGAUUACUGAAUUCUCUCGCCGCAGACAGGAUGCUGUGGCUGGUCGAACACCUGCAAUGUUCUCACCUGCAUUUUACUCCAGCAAAUAUGGCUACAAAAUGUGUCUGAGGCUGUAUUUGAACGGUGAUGGAACCGGUCGAGGAACACACCUUUCACUGUUCUUUGUUGUCAUGAGGGGCAAGUAUGACGCUCUGCUCAAAUGGCCAUUCAGUCAGAAGGUGACUCUAAUGCUUUUGGAUCAGAACAACAGGGAGCACAUUAUCGAUGCUUUCCGCCCUGAUGUCACCUCCACCUCCUUCCAACGGCCAAUCAGUGAGAUGAACAUCGCCAGUGGCUGCCCGCUGUUCUGUCCACUGGCUAAACUGGCUGGCAAGAGCCCCUAUCUGAGAGAUGACACAAUCUUCAUUAAAGCCAUUGUAGACCUCACCGGCUUAUAAAGUGCACUGUGGAAGAUGCACAUAACAAAAAAUAAAAAUUAAACAAUGAAAUUAAACUAAAUGAUUAAUAAUUAUAAUAUAUAUAAAUGAAAAUAUUUUGAUAAUAAUAUGUUUUAUAAUCUAUUAUAUUAUAUUAUAUUAUAUAUGUGACCAUAUUACAAAAUAUCGUGUACACACUAUACAUUAAUACAUACAUCUGUUAGUAUUUUGAUAUAGAGCUGUCAGCAGGCUUUAAGAAGAAGUGCUUAAAACAGUAAGACCUAUGGGUUCUAGUAACAUUAAGAGCUGCUGAGUCGAAUAGUUAUGAUCUUUCAUGAUAUAAGAGGUCUCCAAUCAUUUGUGUACUGUGAUCCUAAUGUGACUCUUGGCAUUUGAAUGAAAUCUUAUAUCUUAUUACUAAAUCUUAAAAAAAAAAAAAAAAAAUCUUUAAUAAGUAUAUGUUUAUAUAUAUAUAUAUACACAAUAGCCCAGACUUCGCUUUGCAUCAUGUUAAACUUAACCUCUGUCAAACAGUACAAAUGUUACCAGGAAUUCUUCCUUACAUCAGAGCAAAGCAAAUAGUGACGUGUCUCCUUUCAAUGAAACAAAGGAUUUCAAACACAAUUUAAAUUCCAUGGCUUUAGCCUGUUUGACCUAAGCAGAUCUGUUCCUUAGAUAAAGCAGGCCACUCUUUCUCAUGUCUCGAUGAUGUAUCAGUCAAUUGUCAUCUCUAGUUUCCUAGUGCAGCACUUAACAUACUUAUAUGAGUCAUUUAUUUUUGCCAAAUGAGUAGCUGCUGUAACCCUAUAGCAAACUUACACAGUCAAGCCUAAAGCAAACAGCUUUAUACCUCAGAUGUAUUAUAAGAAAUAAACAAAAGAAUUUAGGCAAAAUGGCCUAGCAAGUGUGAUCUAUAACAAAUAAUAGAAAAAUUGUGAAAAAAAAAAAAAAGCUUACUGUUUAACCCAAAUUUCUGCUUAAGAUGUACUAGUAACCAGAAAUGUGCACUAUAACACACACACAUAUAUAUAUAUAUCUAUCCUUUGUACUAAUAAUGCUUUGGUGUAUUGGUGUAUUAUAUGUACAUGUAUAACAACAUUUAUUAUUAAUCAAUCUACUAUUGUGUGAAAUGUGAUAGCAAAUUUUAACCAAAGAAUGAACACUAGAAAUUAUAUUCUUUACCAUAGAUUAUACUGUAUUUCAAAAUAAAAUUGGUUAGGCACUUUGAUUUAUACAUGUUUUUACAUAUUUUUUUUAUUUACUAACAUAAAGAAUGCUUACCUGCAACAUUAAAAUUGUCUUUACUGAUUGUUGAUAUACAUCUUAAUUUGAAGGGUUCUGUCAACUGUCUUUUAUACAUCUUAAUCCGAAUAAACUUCACAAACUUCA